AUGCAGAUUUUAAAAGCUAGGUUCGCUUUGAGAGCGUCUGCCUCACAAUUUCAAGCCUGGAGUUCUUCACGCCAUCGCACUGCUGCCACUGACACACAAAAUGUAGAGUACAAGCCAAUAAGGAGCGUAUUAGUGGCGAAUAGAGGCGAAAUUGCCAUUCGUGUGUUUCGAGCAUGUACGGAACUGGGUAUUCGUUCUGUCGCUAUUUACAGCGAACAGGACCGACUGCAAAUGCACAGACAAAAAGCAGAUGAAUCCUAUUUAGUUGGAAAAGGUCUUCCACCUGUGGAAGCAUACCUCAGCAUUCCAGAAAUCAUCAGAGUCGCCAAGGAAAAUGACGUCGACGCCAUUCAUCCUGGUUACGGAUUGCUUUCUGAAAGAUCAGACUUCGCGCAGGCUAUCAUCAAUGCUGGCGUACGCUUUAUUGGACCGUCGCCUAAGGUUGUGCAGCAAAUGGGUGAUAAAGUUGCUGCUAGAAAAGCUGCUAUUGAAGCCAAGGUUCCCAUAGUCCCCGGUACAGACGGCCCGAUCACUACAAAAGAAGAAGCUUUAGAAUUCUGCAAACAGCAUGGCUUACCUGUGAUAUUUAAGGCUGCAUAUGGCGGCGGCGGUCGUGGAAUGCGGGUAGUUCGAGAAAUGAGCGAAGUGGCGUCAUCCUUCGAACGUGCAUCAUCAGAAGCAUUGGGCGCUUUUGGAAAUGGAUCUAUGUUUAUUGAACGCUUCAUUGAGAGACCGAGACAUAUUGAAGUUCAGUUAUUGGGUGAUAAGGCAGGAAAUGUGGUACAUUUGUAUGAACGGGAUUGCUCCGUACAAAGGAGACACCAAAAAGUUGUAGAAAUCGCCCCAGCGCCCCGCCUUGAUCCUGAAACCCGACAACGUAUGGUCGACUGUGCAGUGCAUUUGGCUCGAUACGUGGGCUAUGAGAACGCCGGUACCGUUGAGUUCCUCUUGGACGAUAAGGGCAACUUCUACUUCAUUGAAGUAAACGCAAGAUUGCAAGUCGAACACACAAUAACAGAAGAGGUGACGGGCAUCGAUCUCGUACAGUCUCAAAUCAGAGUGGCCGAAGGAAUGACGCUACCGGAAAUGGGUCUCACCCAGGACAAAAUAAAGGCAGACGGAUACGCGAUACAAUGCCGUGUCACCACUGAAGACCCUGCUAAUAACUUCCAACCUAGUACUGGCAGAAUUGAGGUGUUCCGAUCUGGCGAAGGUAUGGGAAUUCGUCUUGACUCAGCAUCGACUUACGCCGGUGCCAUUAUUUCGCCUUACUAUGACUCGCUUCUCGUGAAGGUUAUAUCUCAUGCACAAGAUUUAUCAGCUUCAGCGGCCAAAAUGAAUCGAGCUCUUCGUGAGUUCCGUAUUAGAGGAGUGAAGACCAACAUACCGUUCCUUCUUAAUGUCCUUGAAAAUCAGAAGUUCCUCAACGGGGCGGUAGACACAUACUUCAUUGACGAAAACCCUCAGCUUUUCAUGUUCAAAGCGUCUCAGAACAGAGCUCAAAAGAUUCUCAACUACCUUGGCCAAGUCAUAGUUAACGGUCCAGCAACGCCAUUGGCCACGAAUAUUCCACCUUCAACUGUCAAACCGUAUAUACCACCAGUACCAUUAGACCUUUCACCAGAGGCUAUUAGGAAACAGGAAAUGACUGGUGAAAAUACAGCAAUCAAACCCCCGAGGGGUUUCAAACAGAUACUGGAAGAAGGUGGACCAGAGGCGUUCGCCAAAGCGGUACGCGACCACAAAGGCUUGUUACUUAUGGACACAACGUACCGCGACGCGCAUCAGUCGCUGUUGGCUACUCGGGUCAGAUCGCACGACUUGUUAGCUGUAUCGCCGUAUGUCGCUCACAAUUUCAGCGGUCUUUACUCGCUUGAGAAUUGGGGUGGCGCCACUUUCGACGUAGCUUUGAGGUUCCUACACGAGUGUCCUUGGGAACGACUGGAAGACAUGCGUCGUCUGAUCCCCAACAUUCCAUUCCAAAUGUUGCUUCGUGGAGCCAAUGCUGUGGGCUACACCAACUACCCCGACAACGUUGUUUACAAGUUCUGUGAUAUGGCGGUAAAAACCGGUAUGGACAUAUUCAGGGUGUUCGACUCUUUAAAUUACUUACCUAAUCUAAUACUCGGCAUGGAAGCAGCUGGUAAAGCUGGCGGAGUUGUUGAAGCAGCGAUAUCGUACACUGGAGACGUAUCCAAUCCUGAGAAGACCAAAUACGAUCUUAAGUACUACGUUAAUUUGGCUGAUGAGCUUGUGAAAGCUGGAACACACGUCUUGGGUAUUAAGGAUAUGGCUGGGUUAUUGAAACCGCAAGCUGCGAAAUUGCUUAUAUCAGCGAUUCGUGAUAAACACCCCUCAGUCCCGAUUCACGUACACACGCACGAUACAGCGGGUGCGGGCGUGGCGGCAAUGUUAGCGUGUGCCGAAGCGGGCGCGGACGUCGUAGAUGUCGCUGUCGAUUCCAUGUCUGGGCUUACAAGUCAGCCGAGUAUGGGAGGGCUGGUGGCUUCAUUGCAAUCUACACCACUUGACACUGGCAUUCCACUACAGACUGUAUCGGAAUACUCAGCGUACUGGGAGCAAGCCCGAACUCUAUACGGACCCUUCGAAUGUACCGCUACCAUGAAGUCUGGUAACGCCGACGUUUACAUCAACGAGAUUCCUGGCGGACAGUACACCAAUCUACAGUUCCAGGCCUUCUCACUCGGUCUUGGCAGUCAGUUUGAGGAGGUUAAGAAAGCGUACAGAGAGGCAAAUCUUCUCCUAGGCGACAUCAUCAAAGUGACACCAUCCUCGAAGGUGGUCGGAGACUUGGCACAGUUCAUGGUGCAGAACAAACUGACAGCUGAUGAUAUCAGAGCGAAAGCUGAGGAACUGUCCUUCCCUAAGUCUGUGGUUGAAUUCUUCCAGGGCGCGAUUGGUAUUCCUUAUGGAGGAUUCCCUGAACCUUUAAGGUCCAAAAUCUUAAAGGAUAUGCCAAGAAUAGAAGGUCGACCUGGUCAAGAACUACCUCCGUUAGACUUUGAUAAACUGAAGAAAGACAUACAAGAGACAUACCCUGAGGUUAACGACCAAGACGUGAUGUCGGCGGCCAUGUACCCACAAGUAGCGAACGAUUACUUCCGCAUCCGUGAUAAAUACGGACCCGUGAAGCAUCUGGACACGAAGACAUUCCUCGUUGGACCUAACGUGGGUGAAGCGAUUGAAGUAAAAAUUGAGCGCGGAAAGACAUUGGACAUUAAAACACUUGCGGUUUCGGAUGAAAUGACGGCUGCCGGCGAGAGAGAAGUUUUCUUCGAGUUGAACGGACAAUUACGAUCUGUGUUUAUUAGAGAUGAAAAGGCUAGCCAGGAAAUGAAAAUCCACCCGAAGGCAGUUAAGGGCGACAAGAGUCAAGUUGGCGCACCAAUGCCUGGAACGGUUCUUACAAUCAAAGUCAAGGAGGGCGAUAAAGUGGACAAGGGACAAGCAAUAGCUGUUCUCUCAGCCAUGAAGAUGGAAAUGAUUGUCCAGGCACCACAGGCCGGUACCAUUAAGUCUGUUUCCAUAACCAACGGUCAGAAACUAGAAGGAGAUGACCUUAUUUGUACUAUUGAGGAAUAA